AUGUUUUCAAGAUCACGUAGAGCUCACGAUCAUUCUGCGAAUGAAAAUUUGGAUGAGAUCACCUCAUCGUACGUUGGUUCAAACACCAAUAAUAGUUCUGGAAAACAUCAUUUCAAUGGGUACAACAACAGCAGCCUGUACAGCACCCACCCGAAUAACAACAACCAUAACUACCAUGGUAAUGGCAGUCUGAUCAGAAACAUCCAGGAGAACAAAAAUGGAAAGCCAUAUACCAUGGAUGAGGUAUUUCAAGUUUGGUACGAUAACCAGGACAAGAUUUUGAAUUCUGAAGUCAAGACUAAUGGGAAUGAAAACUAUAAAGUCUCCAAACCCGAGCCCAUUUAUCAUUUGACUUUACAAGAGGAGUAUCGGAAGAACAACCCAAGUGUUAAUGCAAAAGGGCAAAGUGCCUUUACUGAUGUUGGACACGACGGUCUUGGUCCCCAGAAGGUUAAAGGAGGAAGCAUUGAAAGUCAUGACGGGCUGGCAUUAACUGACAGCGAUGAUAUUGUCAAGUCAUUGAAUAAGUUGGGUUUUUCAGAUCUGGCGAAUGAAAAGUCUGACCUGAAUCCGUUGUCAUCAAAUCCAUUGAAUUACGACAGAUCAUCUAGCUUUCAGGGUGCCUUUGGUAGCAAUGGGUUUGUCGGCUCAAAAUUGGCAACAGAUUUCCCGCCUGGACUUGCGCAGCCCAAACUGUUGGUUGCAUCAGAUAUAAUUGAAUGGCUUUAUAUUGACCCUUCGGGAAAUGAACAAGGUCCAUUCAAUGGUGAUAUGAUGCAAGAGUGGUUUACUGGUGGAUAUUUGGAUCUUGAUUUGAGAAUAAGAAGAAAAGAGGAGCAGGAGUUUAGACCGUUGAAAAGUUUAUGUGACGCAGUUCAAAACUAUGUUCAACCAUUUAAAGUUCCAUUACCGGAUUUGACUAAAAAGAAGGAAACUGACUAUGCAUCGAAUAGACCUUCCUUGGGCAACUCAAUUCGUUUGCCUUCUUCGACCUUACCUCAAUCCAUGUUUGCGGCAGACUUUGCCAAUUCGCCUGCAAAUGAAUCUUUUCCCGCAAACCUCAACCUGCCAAUGGGCAAUUUUGGCAACAUAAACACUGGAUUCGCCAAUGGGUCGGGCCUUACAGGAAUCGAUAAUUUGAACCCCCUGGCCACUGCAUCUGCAACACACGACAAUUUUGAACCAAGCUUCAACUUAUCUUCCAUGCCAUCGUUAUUACAACAGCAAAUUCACAAUAAGCAGCAACCAUUGCUCUCAAGAAGCAAUAGCAAUUGGGCGGUUGAUACUGGCUCACCUAUUGUUGGUCAAGUAUCAGGACCAGCCUCGGCAACUGGUUCUAAUACCGGUGCAUUUGUUGGUGGAUUGGGCAGUCACGGUGGAAUUGGCAACACCCAGAUGAGUCAACCAGCCCCAGUUUCUCCAUGGGUAUCGAGCACCGCUCUUGGACAGUCAGUAUCUCGUAUAAAUUCUCCCUUUGCGUCAACAGCAAGCACUAACCAUACUACGGGCAACUAUCAAGACGCGAGAAACGACUCAUUGACUGGUAAUGACGACGAUGCCGGUGAAAAUUUGGUCAUGAGCUCGGUCGUCACGGAUAUUUUGCAAGAUGACAAUGAACCCGCCACCACGGGAUUCACCGAACCUGCUAUCGUAACCGCUCUUUCUUCACCACCAAAGAAAACCAAGGAAUCAAAACCAAAAGAAAAAGCUGUAACAAAGCCGAAAGAAGAAGAAGAGAUUUCUGCUCCGCCUAUCAGAACUGUUGAUUUGAAGCCAGCAAAACCACAAGCUUUAGCGCCUUGGGCAGCCAAAACAAGAACCGAAGAUAUCAAGAAGCCAAGCUUGUCAUUGAAAGAGAUCCAAAAGGUUGAGUCUGAGAAAUCUGAACAGCAGAAGAGGUUGCAGAGCAAGUUAAAAGCUGAACAAGCUCAAAAGGCAUGGGCAGUUAAUGCAGCAACUGAAAAAGCAGAAGCUAUUGAACAAGAAAAGAAAAAAACCCAACUACCAGCUACUUGGAAUAUUACCUCUGACUCGACCCCUGUUGUGAAGACAUUGGCAGAGAUUCAAAAGGAGGAAGCUGAACUUGCCAAAGCUAAGGCUAAAGCCGCCGCCGCCGCCGCUGCUGCUACUGCCCAAUCACAAGCUGCUCAUGCGCCUACAAGUGCUUCUGUAGCCGCUGGUUUUGCACCCAAUAUGUCGUUUGCCAGUGCUUUAGCUAAUUCAGUACCAAAGGACGAUACCACAGCAUGGACUACCGUUACUUCUUCAAAGAAACCUCAAGCAAAAAAGACAACAGUUUCAAGCAGCUCAACGGGAGUUCCAGCAUCCAAAAUUACUCCACAAUUGUUACGUAGUGUGUCUGCUGCAAAGACAGCCACUUCGUCGGUUAAUUUGCAAGCUGUCAGAGAAGAAUUCUUGGUGUGGGCUAGAUCGCAAAUGACCAAUCUUUAUCCAUCCGUUUCAAAAAACGAUUUGUUGGAAAUGUUCAUUACCAUGCCUUGCAACUCUCCUGAUACUCAACAAUUGAUUUCGGAAACUAUUUAUGCAUCAAGUACCACAAUGGAUGGAAGAAGAUUUGCUCAAGAGUUUAUCAAGAGAAAAAACAAAGUGGAUCACACUUUGGGAGGAGAAGCAGCCAAGGAUUUCACCAGCUGGUCAGCGGCCAUCAUCUCUAGUGCAGACAAGGUUCAAGUUGUUGAUGAAGAUGGAUGGAGCACUAGCGUGAAACCAAAGAAGAAGAAUAGUUCAAAAAAGUAA